AAAACGUGCUCAUAACAUCGGUGACUACGUAAGUAUCACUGCAAUUGAAAAGACAAAGUCACCAGUCACCAUUGAUGACACCAAGGCGGCUAAAAAGAGAGAUGAUAAACGAACAGUGGAACAUUCUCAUGAGAACUUUGAUGAUGUAAGUGACGUCACUGCAACUGAAAGUUCUAAGAUAUAUUUGACCAAAUCAACAUCCAAGGAGCCAGAUGAUGAUGACCAUACGAUGACUAAUCCUGAUACUAAAGACAAAGAUCGCGAGAAAGGGGAAGAAAUGGGGACAGAUAAUACCUCAAAAAGUAAACGUGACCUUUUUGAUGAAGAAGAUGUAAAAAGAAUCUUAAGGUUCAAAGAAGUAAAAUCAUUUGGAAGAGAAUAUUCCUUUUCAACUAAAUCUUCCAGACUAAUGAUUAAACUUGAAAACACACCACAAACAUCAACCACCAAAGAGAUGCUAAAAUCAAUGCUUGGUGAGAAGUAUGACUUUGAUUUUGCUGAAUAUAUCGAUCCUAACAUUAAGCUGAGUGAGUUUGGUUGGUCAACUGGUUUUGUCAGUGAUUUCUCCGAAGUUAUGCCGCCAUGUCGUGCCAAAUGUUAACAUUGAUGGAGAAGUACUCAUAAAGCCAAAAGAGGGUCCAGUAUACGUUUUAGGUCACCUCAAAUACGCCAUUGAUUUGCCUGAUAGUGAUACAUGUGAUACGAACCCUGGUAAAUACGAUAUCGCA